AUGCGACGUGGUGUACCGUGUUCAGUUCGUAAUAAGCACAGAAACACUUGGGGAAUGAAGACGUUAAAAAUGUGUUUUGGCAAGGGUCGUUUGAAACCACGUGAAACUAUUGAACAAGAUCUAAGCAUGAUGGGAAUAGCCGUACCUAGAUUAAGUGUUCGUUCGCCGUCCAGGAAACGUUCCCUACAAACAACAACCAGCACGCAUGACCGCUUUUGCAGUUUGAAAGCUCACCAACAACGUUGCUCCAUGUCGGCUGUCUGUUACGAGGGUGGAGUCGGUGGUAGAUCCCGAGCUGGGCUUAGGCUCAGUCUGAACAGGAGUAUCAGUGAGCCGGGCCCAGCAACACCACCGAUUACUGUUACUACACCGACAACCUCGAAACGUUUUCGAUUGGAAUCUAUACCUAGUUUACCGGCUAGUUUACCCGUUAGCCCAAAUUCUGAGGGUACAAAUUUAAGCAGUGCUCUAAUACUCAACAAGGUAAAACGAAUGAGCAGUGAUUUUUUUAGACAAAAACUGGAACUUUUCGGACCAGCGGUCUUGGCCAUUGACUGUCGGUCUUUUGUAUGCUACAACGUCAGUCAUGUCAGAGGUUCUGUGAACGUGAACGUCGCCGACCGGAUUAACAGACGGAGAUUGCAAACGGGAAAAGUCACUUUGGUGGAGUUGGCGUCUUCUAGGGACUCCAAAGACGCUCUAAAGAGGCGUGGUUACAGAGAAAUUGUGGUGUACGAUGACUCGACUACAGACUUAGACAGAGUGCCCCAUAACCAUCCUCUGAUGCUAAUCCUUGCAUCGUUAGUAGGCGAUGAAAGAGAACCAUCGUUUCUUAUCGGUGGCCACAAAGAGUUUCAUUCCCGGCAUAAGGACAUGUGCGAGAACUCGCUGCUGCCGGCGCCGCUGAUCGCCAGCUGCCCUCCAGAUGUGGACCGCGAGUCCAUGGACACCCACCCUCUCACCAAGGUGCUGCCGUUCUUGUACCUUGGUAACAGCAAAGAUGCCGACGACCGGGAUGGUAUGAUCGCCAUCGGGGUGACACGUGUGCUGAACGUGACCACCAGCCAACAGUCGCCGUCCCCGACCAUGGACCAUCGCGCUUCCGGCGUCGUGUACAAGCGACUUUCCGUCUUGGACAACGGGCAUGCCAACCUCAAGCAGUACUUCGAGGAAGCGUUCGAAUUCAUCGAAGGCGCUCGGAAGUCCGGCGGAAGCGUGCUGAUACACUGCCAGGCCGGCAUAUCUCGGUCGCCGACCAUAGCCAUCGCGUACGUGAUGCGCCACCGGAAGACGUCUAUGGUGGACGCGUACAAGAUGGUCAAGGCGGCUCGGCCGAUCAUAUCGCCGAACCUCAACUUUAUGGGCCAGCUGCUUGAGCUCGAGCAGAGCUUACAGCAGUACGAACAGCAGCAACAGCAACAACAACAACAACAGCAGCAGCAGCAGCAGCAACCGCGUUGCGGACAGUCUUGGGCCGCCGCCCAAUCUGCCGCAGACGAGCUGUCGCCCGGGUGUAGUACAUAA